AUGCAACACAAUGAUACAAGUUCAAAUAAUUUAUUUACAAAUAUUGAACGGUUAGGUACACGUGAUUUAUUAUUCUAUGGACAAUUUUCAUAUGAUACUAUAUUAACAUCAAUCCAAAGUAAUAAUACAUUACCAUUAUCAGUUAAUGUUCAAUUAUAUAUUUAUCUGAUUUAUUUACAUCAUCACAACAUUUAUCAAAUUAAUAUGAUGAAUAUUUUUGUACAUGUAAAUAAUGAACAUGUUAAUAAAGAACAAACAAUAAUUGAUAGUUCAUCAAUAAUUGCAUCAUCAGAUAAUAUUCCUAUUGAACUUGUUGAAGAAUUAUAUGAACGUACUAAACAAUCAGCAACAUUACUAUAUGAAGCUUUACUUUUAUUACGUCCUUUAUCAUUAUUACUUGCACAUAUUAGUUUCUUUUUUCGUGCUUUAAUUAAUGCACGUUAUUCAGCUAAAGUUAAUGAAUGGACUUUAUUAUCAACGACAAAUAUUGCACAAAGAAAAUCACUAUGUAUGGCUAUAUGGGGGUUUUUAUUGAUGUUAUCACGUUUCAGUGCUCGUUUCGAAGAAUCAGACAAUCGUUUAUUUCUUAUUGCUGAUCGAAAAUAG